CUUAGACCAGCUAGAAGACAUACGAGAAAAGGUCUGCUUCCGUCCGGCCGUGGACGCGAUUCUUUAGAUAGGCAGGAGACGUUGGAGAAAAAGAUUGCUUUCAAUUCCUCACAAGAUGCACCUCUGUGUGGGAAACUAUUGAUUCGUCCAGCUUGAGUGCAGGAAGACAAGGAGACUAGGUUACGGCUUGGGUCAAAUCUUGCUUAGAUACUACUUCUCUCAUCCUUGUUGUGGGCUGGCUGUUUGGGCACGUCCACCUUGAUGGAGCCGGAUGAAGUCCAUAGGAUGUCUCUAUUGCAGCUAGCUAAGAGGCAACUUUUUGAACCAGAUACUAAUUUGUUGUACAAUCCUGUGAUAAGGGAACAACUGACACCCCAAGGAAAUCCUGAAUAUUCUAGGCGAGGGUGGACAUCAGGCCGCUCCUUCAUAGCGCAGUGCUAUUAUCCUGUCGCUCCUCAUCCUAGAGUCGAUACAGCUGUCACCCUCGGGACUCACAUGAUAUCCAAAGGAUUAGGUUGGGAAUUCCACGAGGUUGAAUAUUCAAUAGCUCCCCCUGGGUACGUUGAAUGGGGAACUAACAUUUUGAAGAAUUAUUCCAUGCAUUUGAAAGGUAGUGAAGAGAACACUGACUAUAUCUAUGGAGCCAUUUACUGCUCUUUGGGUGAGUACUCUGUAUCUCCCCCGCUUCUGAGGGCUUUGUUAGAGCACUGGGAUCCUAACACUAACACGUUCUUAUUCCCCUGUGGUGAACGCAUAAUGACUCUUCUUGAUAUGAACCAAAUGGCUGGGCUACCCUUAGAUGGUGAUCCGUAUGAAGAAUUUAUACCCCCUACUCAUGAACUGGAUCCUUCUCUGUUGUUGUACCCCAGCUUUUUGCCACAACUCCUUGACAUAUGGAACAAACUCUCCGAAAGCGGCAAUGUAGGCUUUCGGGAAUGGUGCGAUUACUUCCACAAUCGUCUAAACGACACAUUCUUUAUCAAUAGUCUCCAAGACGAGCGCCUCUACACUGCAGCCUAUAUUACUAUUUGGCUCUGUCGCUUUGUUGUUCCAGGUGGAGGGCCAUAUAUUCGUCCCGGGGUAUUAGUGAUGGCCUCUUGGAUCACAAUAGGGCGUCGCAUAUCCUUAGCUCCGCCGGCCCUUUGCUCCUUAUACUAUUCGCUUCGGCUGAUCAGUACUCAUCCCAUUGGUCCCUCCUUUUUGAAAAGGGCAUGGCAAGUCCACUAUCUGAUCGGAUGGAUAGGUAUAUACUUAAGGAAGGUUUUUGGGAAUAAAUCUAGCACCAAAUCACUCCCAUUCUAUAAACAUCCAGCUCCAAAACCAAAAAUGUGGAACACUGUCUAGAACUCCACUUUUCCAUGAUCAUGACUCAGCACACAAACUUCUUAGAAAGCACACCCAGAUCUCAUGGCACCCCUACAGUUUCUCUAAAUUAGAAAAUGUAGGUCAUCUGAAUCGGGUUUUCCAAAUUUCCAUACGUCGGGGUAUGCUUCCAUGGAGGCGUGUUGAAGAAUUUAUAGCGGAACCUUAUCAUCCUGACAGAGUAACAAGACAAUUUAGGCUUGACCAAGUGGUGCCUUUUCCUCCCUUCACCAGUCUGUAUACAAGACAUGAUAUAGGUAUUGCAUAUGCCUUUUGGCUUCAUUUAUUGCGGGAUGCGGAGGAUCCACGCCCCAUUCCAGACGAUUCUCGCGGCGGUGACUCAUCUGUGGCAUGGGCAAAUUGGCUACAUGAAUUUCUGAAGCCAUUCGCUGAUGUAUUUGACCAACUUCGCAAUGGUAAUUUGAAUGGGAAGGUCCCUUAUAAUGAAAGGAGAAAAAAUAGGUCCGCACUGCAACGCCAUAUUAGAGUUCGUCCAUUGUCUGAUGAGGAUUUUAAGGUAGUAAGAAGGGUGGCUGAUGAGCACCGGGACCAGCAUAUUGGUGUCAUUGAACAGGAGGAAGCACGUGUCAAAGAUCACUGGAUGCCGAUCCUCCAUAGCUACUUACAAGACGUUGCUCUACUCAACCCAUGAAAUCCAAAGAGCAAAGUGGCAUACCAAAGUCUAUUGUUGCAGCUGGUUCUUUCUCUGCUCAUCCAGUGCUAGUGGGUAGUGAUGAUCCUCCAGAAACUGCCCCGGCCACCAGCGGAUAGAAGCGUAGAAAUUUAUCGCCCACUCAUGCUGACGAGGAAGAGAGGCUCCCCCUCAAGCGCAAACUUGACUUUUCCCAUGAAUGUGAUUUUUCUGAACCAAUAACAUUGGACAGUCUGUCAUUAGAUGUCGAACUCAGUAACUUGGUUAAUGAUGAAGAUUUUGCUCACGUUCUCACAGGAGAAAAGGACAAUGGCCUUGGUGACCUCUUCGAUUUAUCCGUCGAGGAUUAUACCGCUGGCGAGUGUGGCGCAAGUCGUCCACCUUCCAGCCCGGGUGUGACCGAAGCUGUGCCCCAUACCCCUAAUGCUCUUGAUUUCUUGUCAACUUUACCUGGUUGCGAACAAGCAAGUUACCAUUCGCGAGACCCUGUAAUGACGGUUGUAUCAGGGGAAGGCGCACAGAUGUACUGCAGCUUUGUCAAAGACACGUUUAUAGAUGCCACGGAUACCAUGGUGAAACGAGCCCUCGAAGGACUGAAUGACUCUACCCGAUACCAAGCGACGCAUCAUGCUUGAGAGCGUUUCUCAGACGUUGCCCAAGCAAGUACCUGAGGUAGCUAAGGUGCAUGCCAUGUUGGUCGGGCUUAUUGACCUUUCCAAGAAAUUGGAGGUUGGCCAGACUGAGUUCACGAAGGGAUCCGAGCGAGAUGAACAUGCUGCUGCUGAAGUCGAGCUUAAAAUUAAGUCCGUCCAUGAAGUUUCCAUGGCUGCAAUUGGGGAUUUAUCUGACCUAUACAAGAAGUGUGCUGAAAUGGAGGUGCAGGAAGCAGCGCUUAAGGUGCGGCUUAAGGAGGCUACCGCCAGUUUGCAGAAGCUUAAACUAGAGAGGGAACAGCGCCGACAAGCACAUAAUGCCCAUCAAUCUGAACUGAAGCACUUGGUGAAGAGUCUGCAGGACACCAACGCCGGCAAGCGUACAAGGCUUGCUGAAUUUGAACAAAAGACGGCAAAAUUAAAGACUGAAGCAAGUCAUUUGUUGAACAGCGUGCAGAACUGGCGAGCUCCUUGAGAAGGCCUAGACUUCGCUUAGUUUUUUUAAUUAUUAUUUAGCCAUUUCAAUUUAUCAUUUCCCUUUGAAUCAUUUUAGGUUCAGUACUCAGUUUCACUUCAAAUGUAGCAGUACUUUGUUUAUUCACGUGGGAACUCCGAAUUUUAUGCAUGAUGUGCUAG